CUAAUAUGUCAUGCCCUUCUUGUCUUAACAAUAUAAUAUGUGAUAACCAAAAAACAAACAUUACAAUUGAUCCUAAAUAGCAAAUUAUUAGUUUGAAAUAUGUGAGAAUUUAACAGAUAUAAAAAAAAUAAGAAACGAAUAUGAGAAAUUGAAUUUAAGAUGUCCAUUAAAGCCAACUCACCCAAUGUUACAAUAGGAGGGAAAAGUUACAAAAAAUCUAUCAUAUUGGCUGAUGUAAAUAUUCCGUAUAAGUUUUCUAUUGACAGGAAAAACAAUAUUUUGUUCUUUUGUAUCAAUGCGGAUGAGUUUUCCGAUCAAAGUUUUCAAAGUGUCGAAUUAAAUCUAUAUUCAGGAUGUGCGAAAAUUGUUCCGAGUAUUCGUAAUGGUUUCGCUAGUGCUGUAGAUCAAACGGACGGUACUGUAUACCUUGGUGGGAGCGAUGGAGUUUAUAAGUACGAUUAUCAAACACAUGACGUACGAAAACCGGCAAUUAUAAAAGUUGAAGAGUAUGGAGUCCACCAUUGUGCUGUUGACGGAAAUGAUAAUUUAAUUGUUGCUAACCCCAGUGGAUUGUUUUGUUUACCAAAGGGAUCGAAAUCACCGGAAAGGAUCGGCAAUCAUGUUGGUAACAUUCGCGGAAUAACGACAGAUGCGAAGGGAGAACCGUAUUUAAUAGCACAAGACGGCAUUUAUUCGAUAGACUGUAUUAAUAAUCAAAUAAAAAAUAUAUUCUCGUUAGACAACGGAUACGGUUUAGCGUUUGAUAAAAACAAUAUGAUUGUGUAUGGCGAUGAGAGAUGCGUUGCAAAACUAAUACCUUGGGAUGGAAAUGAUUAGUUACUAGAAAGUUUUAAAAGAAAUACAUAUACAUAUAUGAUUAUCAAAAAUAUCGUAUAAGUAAGUCGUCAUCUGCAAUUUGAUAUAAUUAAUACCCAGCUAGAAAAAAAUCAGCCGUCAAUAAAUAGUUAUUUACUUGAUA